AAGAAAAUAGACAUUCAUAUCAAUUAAAUUGUUUAUUUUUGUUGUCAAGCGAGUUGAUAUGCCAGUGAUAUUUGAAGUAGAAUAUCGAGCUUUUAAACUUAUUUUUCCUCAUAGACUUUUAAAAUUAAGUUUAUUCAAGUUCCUUUCUAUUUUUCUUUGAGUAUUUAUAGGAGAUACUUUUUUUAUAUUUCAUUCUAAACCAAUAUAUAAGAAAUGGCGGACGCUUGCGAUGUGGCAGAACCCGCCGAUGAUUGUAAACAAAAUGCUAAAGAAUUUUACUGCGGUGUUGUUGAAGGAUUUUAUGGAAGACCAUGGACUCCAGAACAAAGAAGAGAUCUAUUUGUCAAAAUGAAAAAGCUAGGCUUAAACACUUACAUGUAUGCACCAAAAGAUGAUUUCAAGCAUCGUGCAUAUUGGAGAGAGAUGUAUUCUGUUGAAGAAGCUGAACAUUUAACUUCUCUGGUGCAGGCUGCUGAAGAAAAUGAUGUCAUUUUCUUUUAUGCCCUCUCUCCAGGAUUAGAUAUUACUUAUUCAAAUCCAAAAGAGAUACAAGCUUUAAAACGGAAACUAGAACAAGUUUGUCAAUUUGGCUGUAGGGCAUUUGCACUACUUUUUGAUGAUAUUGAACCUGAAAUUAGUGAGACUGACAAAGAGGUUUAUCAGUCGUUUGCUCAUGCCCAAGUAGCUGUUGCCAACGAAAUCUUUGAAUAUCUGUCACAUCCAAAGUUUAUAUUUUGCCCUACAGAAUACUGUGCUGCAAGAGCAAUUCCUAAUGUCCAAAAUUCAGAAUACCUCAACACAAUUGGCCAGAAAUUACACAUUGAUAUUGACAUUAUGUGGACAGGACCAAAGGUAAUCUCAAAAGAUAUCACUGUUGAAUCCAUACAAGAGUUAUCAGAAGUUCUCCGUCGUCCACCCCUCAUUUGGGACAACUUGCAUGCCAAUGACUAUGACCAAAAGAGACUCUUUAUGGGUCCUUACUGUGGUAGGUCUACUGAACUUAUUCCAAGACUCAGAGGAAUAUUAACAAAUCCUAAUUGCGAGUAUGAAACCAAUUAUAUACCGAUUCAUACUUUAUCUCAAUGGAGCAAGUGUACAGUAGAUGGUAAAAGAGAAUUAAAUUUAAGUGAGUCUGUCUGUGCAGAUAUAAAGCUAGAAACUGAAAAUGAGUUUGGCUCUGUGGAGGAUAUACCUUCACACCUUAGUCCUAACACUUACCAUCCUGCUAAUGCUCUGCGUGUAGCUGUGCAAGAUUGGCUCCCAGAAUUUUACAAGUCCAAAAAUGCCCUUGGCCGCUUAUUAGGCUCUGGCCCUUUAGUUCCUACUCCUAUUCCAGCAUGUCCACUUCCAGUCAUAACAGCUUGUUUCACUACCUCAAACAUGACCACUCCUAAUGCAUCUGGAAGGACAAGUCCAGGCCUAGACUCAAACUUUCAACCCCUUUCUAGUGAGUUAGUGAACUCUUUAAUAACUACUAAAGAAGCAAACCUGGAGCCUAUGGACUGCAACCCCUUGCCCCCUUCUCCAAAAUCCUCACCACCUGUGGAAGUCGAGGUGGAAAGUGAAAUUUGUGUCGAAACAACGCCUAAAUCCGACGAGGUCGAAGCGACCGCCAAAGAUGACGGUGCUGAGGAGAUGCAAACUGAGCCCAUCGAUGUAACGGGCACGUCUAAUGGAAGUGAAACGGAGGAUAGACAGCUUACGGAGAAAGACGUUAGCCUAUUGAUAGACUUGUUUUACUUGCCCUUCGAACACGGCAGACAGGGUCUGAAAAUCCUCCAAGAAUUUCACUGGUUGAAAUCGCAUGGAUAUCUUGUAUGCCAAAAUCCUAAGAAAAAGAGGAAUGAACCUGAUAAUCCUGAAGUUCAGGAGUGGUUGAAUAGAGCAACUAGAUUUGAUGCAUUGACUCAAUCUGUAGGGAAAUUAUUGAUGCGCUUGACGUUCUGUCCUAAUCGGUCUCUUCUCUAUGAUCUUUAUCCUUACAUUUGGGACAUUAAAGGUGUUAUUUCCAUGCUGAAUUCUUACCUGAAGUGGAUUGCACUGCGGCGUGUUCCUUUGCCUGUGACAAGUUUCAUUUCCGCUCCUUUCACAUGGUUUUCUAAAGGUUAUAAAGAAGCAUUCAUGAGUGGCGAUCAGGAACCCUGGUCAUUCCUUGGAGGCCUUACUUCUGAACUUCAACAUUUGUUACCCCUGGAAAGUGUGAAUGAUUUGUUUCUGUAUAAGUCACCUGAAACUCCAAACAACAGAAUUUAUACUAUCCGUCCUUACUUGUUGACAGAUGAGUCUCAAGUUUAUGAUGUAUGCAGAAAAACUUGUGAUGAUGGCUUAGAUGGAAGUGAAGUCUUUCCUGAAUAUCCUGAUUUAAUAGGAGAUAAGUUAGUGGGCCACUUCUUAUGCUUAAGUCCUGAAUAUUGUUUUGUUGUGGAAGAUGAAACUGGUAUAUGUGGUUAUGCUUUGGCAGCUUUAGAUGCACGACAGCUCAAACAGAAAUGUGAGACUGCCUGGAUUCCUACUUUACAAACAAAAUAUCCAUCUCCUAAAAAGGAAAAUGGAGAGAUGCUUACUCCGGCAGAGGAGAUCAUAGCUUCUUUUUACAACCAACAAAAAGAUGGUCCACCUGAUGUUGUUUAUCUUCAUCAUCCAUCCAUCUUGAGAAUGAACAUAUUACCCUCAGUCAGUGACUCUAGUGUCCCUAAGAGAAUGUUAACCUGUAUACUAUCUACUUUAAAAGCAAAUGGUUCGCAUGGUGUUUUUGUAGAUGUGACUGUUGGUGAUAAAAAUAUAGUUGACUUUUUUUCCAAGCUUGGUUUCCUAGAAAUCGCACAUCCUGGUUUCCAUGUAGAAGAUGUUUUUUAUAUGGGAAGAACGUUUUGAGGUUUUUCAUUACUUAUGGAAAUGGCUGUGUUGAAGUUCCACUGCC